AUGUCGACGCCAACGCGCUGGACACGACACUUGCCACAAACAAUUCAACAUACACCACAACCAGCCCAACCAGCUCAACAAACCCAACCAUCACAACCAACCCAACCAGCCCAACAGGCAUCACAGCUGACACCGCAAGCGACUGUACAAGAGCAAUACGCAAGGACAGACAAGUACUUUAAGAUGGAAGUUCCACGAGAGUAUGGUCUAUUACAACCAAAGUCUCAACCACAACUUCAACCGCAACUUCAACUUCAACCUCAACCUCAACACCAACCUCAACACCAACCUCAACAACAACCAUAUUUUCAGCAACCUUAUCACCCCUCGGGUUAUGCACGACCUAUACAACCCAUAGCACCAGGAACUGGACAAAAUUAUAGAGGAUCAAAUGAGUCUGUUGAAUCCAAACGUAUACGGAUCAGUAGAGCAUGUGAUGCUUGUCGUCGAAAGAAAAUCAAAUGUACAACUGAUAAUAAUAGUGGACCCUGCAGAAACUGUACUCAGUCAUGCGUAGAAUGUACUUACAACGACAGGGCAAAACGUCGAGGACCACCAAAAGGGUACAUUGAUAUUCUUGAGAAUCGCUUAAAGAGAAUGGAGCGAAUUCUCGGCGGUUUGUCCGACAACGAGGGUUCUGAAGACGGGCAACCGAAAAAGAAGGUUGCGAAGCAGGCAGAAAAUUUAGACAAAAUUGUGGCAACCCAAGAUUCUUUCAAAAGUGCCACAGUUACACAGUCACCCGCCACUGGUCAGAACAAUGGGGGGAAACGGGCUGCCGUGGAUACAAAAGAUGACGAGAAGCCACUUGCUGUUGGCCUGUCCUCAAUUAGCAAUGAAGCACGGACACGUUUCGUUGGUGACAUGAGCCCUUUACCGUUCUUGGCCCAUAAGAUAAAUUUUGAAGACCCUCGAUUUUCGAAUCAAUUUGGGAUGCAGAUUCGUAAAUUCGGCCAAAGUUUAGUAUUCUAUGAAUGUGAAGAUCAGAGCAAUGGUCAUUUGAGUGAAAAUAUCUUGAGAGAACUUGGAAUGCUGGGACCGGGCGAAACAAUCAAAGGAAUGAACGAUUGGAUCUUCAGGGUAUCAGGGUUAGAUAAGCAAAUGAGUGAUAGACUCAUGAAGAUAUAUUUCCUUUAUAUACACCCUGGGCUUCCAGUGAUUAACAAAAAGCUCUUCUUGAAGCAGUACAGAGGAAAUGUAGGUGGUUACCCUUCAGCGCCGCUUCUAAAUGCUAUCUAUGGUUCGGCCGUACGAUAUAUUGAGAUGUGUAAACUGUUUGGUGACAAAGCUCCUCCAGAAUACGGCGACGACAAACCCAUUCCAGAAGGCUGGUCCGAGAAAUUAUUCGAGAACCUGAUUGUGUACGUCAAAGGAAGAUACAAUCCAUGUAUAUCUACAAUUCAGGCAAUAGUUGUUGGUCAUAAUCAUCGUGCAAGUGUGGAUGAAAAAAUGACGAGUGGGUGGCUAUUAAAUUCGGCGGCUAUUCGUAUGGCUCAAGAUCUUGGUCUUCAUCGGUCAAGUGAAAAAUGGGACAUCCCUGAAAGUGAAAAGGAAACUAGAAAACGAGUAUGGUGGGCAGUCUAUAUUAUGGACAAGUGGUCAUCGGCUAGUACUGGAAGGCCUCAAACUAUAUUUGACGAGGAUUGUGACGAAGAGUAUCCUUGUGAGGCCGCAUCGUGGGAUGAAGUCAUGGACACACCUGACAAAUCUGAAACAGGUGAUGAAGAUGGUCCAAGAUUCCCUUCUCUGGACACAGGCGCAGCGCGCAAAAUCAAAGGAGAAAAGAUACCGAUCUACCAACCCUUUGUACAGCUAGUCAAACUGUCAGAGAUACUCGGAAAAGUCCUUCAAGGUCUGUACACGCCUAAAGCCAAGAAACACAGUGCAUUACACGGAAGUGAUUCUAUUAUCUCAUACCUUGACGGUGUGCUGUCCGAGUGGAAAUCUGCCCUUCCUCCUGCCCUUCAGAUAUCAAAUGUUAAUGUACACCGUCUUGACAGCAGAGGACAGACACCUCUGCUAUCCAUGUCAGGCUUAAUAUACCUUUCAUAUUGUACUCUACUUAUAUUACUUCAUCGGCCAUUUAUUGAAAAAGAUGGAGAGCAAAAGACUAGGUCCUCACUGUCUUCACUCAGUAUUUGUACAAGUGCUGCGACUCGCUGUGCUGACAUUGCCAAAAAGAUGCACUAUCGAGAUUUCCUUUUGGUGUCUUGGAACUUUGCUAUCUAUCCAGUUUUUACAGCUGCUGUGAUUCACAUAUACAAUGCAGCCAAUCCGGACAGUAUUGUAUCAGAGGUUGCAAGGGCAAAUCUGGUAAGAGCUGUCCUGGUAAUCAAGCGAUUAUCAAAGAUGACAUCUUCGGCCGAACGUCUCUACAAUAUCCUGAAACAACUGAUGGAUUUUCAUAAAAUUCCAUUUAACGACCAUGAUCUAUCGGACCAAGAAGAGAGAGCGGCACAAGAUGGAAAUAUGCCUAAAAAGACACGUAUCACAUAUAGGAAAAGAAAUCAAAAACGAAAACAUAUGCUACGUGGUAGCUCAGAGAGUCAAAAUGACUAUAGCACAGGAGAUUCGCCUCAUGGUCAGAUCAGUGUUUCAGUAUCCCCAAUGGAAACAUCUGUAGAAAGACCCAGUAGUGCAGGGUCAGGUUCAUCAGCUGUUUAUGGCGAUUGGAUAAAUGGACUUUAUCCUACACUGCAAAAAAAUAAUACUCAAGCUGUGUCGAUGGCAGCAGAAGGUCCUUCUGCAAAUAAUGUUUUAGACACUGAUCCUCACAUACUACGACAAUUUGGGUUAUUGCCAGGACAGUUGUUCACUCCACUUGAAAGCCUUUCAUUACAGCAACAACAGCAACAUCGAUCUGAAAACAACCUAGGGAACGGCUUGGUUAUGGCACCCAGCUUUUCCGAUAAAUUUAUGUUUGGAUUAGACAGCACUGGAAUGGAUGGAUUCCAGACGCCAUGGCAACAAGAUUCAAAUACGUACUCCACGACUAAUCAAACACCACAAGUCCAACAACAACUAAGCCAACCUCAUUUAUUCCAAGCUCCAAUCGUUUCAUCCGCCAAUAAUUUAGAAAACACAUUCUUCCGUAACCGACCAGAUAAUCCGUUCUGGUCUGUGCCAAGUAGUAUUGAGUUCGACGACUGGGCCGCCUACUUUUUACCAGGAGAAAUGCAACAAGGCUUCUCUACAUCGACAUCUACACCUAUAAAAACAUCUUCCACUCAAUUGCCAAAUCAAAACGAGGACAAGAGUAAUAAUAAUAAUAGUACACAUCAACAUCCCUGGCCUCUAUGCCCAAUGUAA